AUGGCUACGGAGGUGUGUCCAAGGCAGAAGCAGUUGACAAGCAGCCAGUUUUUGAGUCUGCUCGCGAAAGUCCAGCAGGAAAACGCAGCUGGAGACCUCCAGGUGAACGAGUACGUCAUUUACUUGGACAAAUCUGCGGGCACGAAAUUGGGCAUCAGCAUCGUCCACGAGGACGAGCAGCGACAUCCCCUUGUCGGAGGUGGCCCGGCGCAACAAGCUGCACGACUGCUGGAUCGCGAUCUGCGGCGAGGAAACACCACCAGGAUGUGCUGCUCUUCGGGGAGGCGAAGAACACUGAAAAAGCGCAUAGCGCACAUAGCACACACGGCACAGCUCAGCAGAGUCAAAGUGCACACCGUACAACACCUCGGCGCGAGGUGGGCUCUGCUCGGUGGAAGUGGCGAGGGGGCGUGCUGGGGCGAGACGGGAAGGUCUACUGUGCGCCCUACGAAAGUCAUGAGAGUGUUUUGGUCAUCGACCCGGCGACGCUGA